GCGGCCCGGCUGUCAGAGCGGCGCGCCGGAAGGAGGGCGGAGCGUGGCCCGCGUUUGUUUGGGUCCGGUGGAGCUGCGAGGGCGGCAGAGCGGUGGCCAUGGGGGUCCCCAAGUUCUACCGGUGGAUCUCGGAGCGGUACCCCUGCCUCAGCCAGGUGCUGAAGGAGCAUCAGAUUCCAGAAUUUGACAACUUAUACCUGGACAUGAACGGCAUUAUACAUCAGUGUUCCCAUCCAAAUGAUGAUGAUGUUCACUUCAGAAUCUCAGAAGAUAAGAUUUUUGCUGACAUUUUUCACUAUUUGGAAGUACUGUUUCGCAUCAUUAAACCAAGGAAGGUUUUCUUCAUGGCAGUUGAUGGAGUAGCUCCAAGAGCUAAAAUGAAUCAGCAGCGUGGGAGACGUUUUAGAUCAGCAAAAGAGGCAGAGGACAAAAUAAAAAAGGCAUUAGAAAAGGGAGAAACUCUCCCAACAGAAGCCAGAUUUGACUCCAACUGUAUUACACCAGGAACUGAAUUCAUGGCCAGAUUGCAUGAGCAUCUUAAGUACUUUGUAAAUACGAAGAUUUCCACAGACAAAUCCUGGCAAGGAGUAACAGUUUACUUAUCAGGCCAUGAGACUCCAGGGGAAGGUGAGCAUAAAAUUAUGGAGUUCAUCAGAUCAGAAAAAGCAAAGCCCCAUCACGACCCAAACACAAGACACUGUCUCUAUGGCUUAGAUGCUGACUUGAUUAUGCUGGGAUUAACAAGUCAUGAGGCACACUUUGCACUCUUAAGAGAAGAAGUCAGAUUUGGUGGUAAAAAAUCUCAAAGAGCAUGUGCCCCAGAGGAAACCACGUUUCAUUUGCUGCACUUAUCGCUUAUGAGAGAAUAUAUUGAUUAUGAAUUUUCACCUGUAAAAGACAAGAUUUCCUUUGAAUACGAUAUUGAAAGGAUAAUAGACGAUUGGAUCUUAAUGGGUUUCCUUGUAGGAAAUGAUUUUAUUCCUCAUCUACCUCAUUUACACAUUAAUCAUGAUGCACUGCCGCUACUUUAUAGAACAUACAUGACUAUCUUGCCAGAACUGGGAGGUUACAUAAAUGAGAAUGGACAUCUGAAUUUAAAACGCUUCGAGAAAUAUCUCACAAGGUUGUCAGAUUUUGAUCGUGAGCACUUCAGUGAAGUCUUUGUAGACCUAAAAUGGUUUGAAAGUAAAGUAGGCAAUAAAUACCUCAACGAGGCAGCUGGUAUUGCAGCAGAGGAAGCCAGAAAAACGAAACAAAAGAAACAAAAGGCUCAGGAAAACUCCAUAUGUUUGGCUGCUUUAGAAAAAAAUGAAGGUGAAGUGACCCCUAAAACUGUAGUAGAAGAUGAACCAGAAGAUGAUGAUCUCUUUGAAACUGAAUUUAGGCAAUACAAAAGAACUUACUACAUGACUAAAAUGGGUGUAGAAGUAGUUUCUGAUGACUUCUUGGCUGAUCAAGCUGAGUGUUACGUCCAGGCAAUACAAUGGAUUUUGCAUUAUUAUUACCAUGGAGUUCAGUCAUGGAGCUGGUAUUACCCUUAUCAUUAUGCACCUUAUCUGUCAGAUAUUCGCAACAUAGGCGAACUCAAAAUGAAAUUUGAACUGGGAAAACCUUUCAUGCCAUUUGAACAGCUUCUUGCUGUACUUCCAGCAGCUAGCAAAGAUCUGCUACCUAAAUGCUACCAGCAUUUGAUGAUUAGUCAAGACUCUCCUAUUAUAGAAUAUUAUCCACCAGACUUUAAAACUGACCUAAAUGGAAAACAGCAAGAAUGGGAAGCUGUAGUAUUAAUCCCGUUUAUUGAUGAGAAACGACUGCUACUGGCCAUGGAAUCGUGUAAUAAGUGCCUAAAAGAAGAGGAGAAACGAAGAAAUACUCACAGUGCUUGCUUAAUGUACUGGUAUGACAAAGAUGUAGAAUUUCAGUACAUGUCACCAUGGCCCGAGAAAUUCCCUGCAAUAGAAAGAUGUCAUACAAGGUAUAAAACAAUACCUUUGGAUGCUUGGCACGUAGAAAUAACCCACAACAAGAUAACUAAAAUCAACAAGAGUGCAUUAUAUUUUUGUGGAUUUCCUACUUUAAAGCACAUUAAGCAUAAGUUCUAUCUUAGAAAAAGUGGUGUACAGGUGUUUCAGCAAAGCAGCCAUGGAGAGAACAUGAUACUAGAAAUCAUAGCUAAUGGGAACUCAAAAGAACAGGUAGUAGAAAACGUUGCCAGUUCAGUACUUGGAAAACGUGUUUUCGUUAACUGGCCCCACCUUGAAGAAGCCAGAGUUGUUGCUGUGUCAGAUGGAGAGACUAAAUUUUAUUUAGAAGAACCACACGGCACACAGAAGCUUUACAUGGGAAAUGCAGUGCCCCCAACUAAAGUUGCGUAUGUUGGGGAUAAGGAACAGAGCACCUGGUUCAAGGACAUUCAAGGCAUUUCAGAGCACUAUCAGAGAAGAAAAGGAAUAAUUAUCCAUGAAACAGCAAUAGUUGUAUAUGCUCAGCUGCUAACUGGUAAUAGAUACCAGCUGAAACAAAACGGAGAAGUCUAUUUGGAGAAGCAGUGGUCAAAACAAGUUCUUCCUUUUGUUUACCAAACUGUUGUCAAGGAUAUCAAAGCCUUUGACUCUCAUUUUUCAAACAUCAAAACUUUGGAUGACUUAUUUCCUCCUGGAAGUACAGCUUUUAUGCUGGGAUCUCCUUACUAUGGCUGCAUGGGAGAAGUUCAAGAUUCUCAUGAUGUGAUCACAGAAGGUAGAAUUCGUGUCGUCUUCAAUAUUCCGUGUGAACCCCAGCUUGAUCCUUUAAUACAGAACCAGCAUAAAUAUUCCGUGAAAUACAAUCCUGCAUAUGUUUUGGCCAGCCGUCUUGGAGUAAGUGGAUAUCUUGUCUCCAGAUUUACAGGGAGUAUCUUUAUUGGAAGAGGAUCAAAGAAAAACCCUCAUGGAGAACAAAAAGCAAAUGUGGGACUAAACCUGAAGUUCAAUAAGAAGAAUGAAGAAGUACCUGGCUAUACCAAGAAAGUUGGAAAUGAAUGGACGUAUUCUUCUGCAGUAGAACAACUACUUGCUGAGUAUUUAGAAAGGGUUCCUGAACUAUUUAAUUAUAUAGCCAAGAAUAGCCAGGAAGAUAUCUUCUAUGAAGAUGACAUUUGGCCUGGAGAGGAUGAGAAUGGAGCUGAGAAAGUUCAAGAAAUUGUUGCCUGGUUAAAGGCACACCCUGUGUCUGCUUUGUCUCGUGCAUCUUGUGACUUGCAAAUUUUGGAUGCAGCCAUCGUUGAGAAAAUUGAAGAAGAAAUAGAAAAAUGCAAGCAAAGAAAGAGCAACAAGAAGGUGCGAGUAACUGUGAAACCCCAUUUACUGUACAGAUCUUUUCAUCAUUGUCAGCCAUUAGAACAACAGAAUGGGGUUGUUCCAGAUCGCAAUGCAGAGUAUAAGCUGUUUGACCGUGUUGUCAACGUAAGAGAGAACUUUUCUGUUCCAGUUGGUCUUCGAGGUACCAUUAUAGGAAUUAAAGGAGCCAGUAGAGAAACAGAUGUGCUCUUUGAAGUUCUAUUUGAUGAAGAAUUCCUUGGAGGCCUAACUAUAAGGUGCUCACCUGCCAGAGGGUAUCGUCUGCCAUCAAGUGCCUUAAUUAACCUGUCUCAUGGUAGUCGGUCAGAAAUGGGAAAUCAAAAACUGACAGCCAUAGUUAAACCUCAGCCAGCUGUGAAUAACUACAAUUCAUAUGCAUCCGAUCUGUCAUCUGCAUGCUCACAAAAAGUGCAUCUAGGAGGCCUCAACCAUUCUCCUCGCUCCCUUUUUGUUCCUACUCAACAGAUGAAUGGAAGACAGCAUUACAAUCUCAGGGCUGAAAAUCAGGGCACCUCUAACUCACCCCAGAAAGGAUGUGGCAAUCAGAAAAACAAAGCACAGAGCAAGCAAGAUGAUGAAUUCUGCAGCAUAUGGCAGUCACUGCAGAAUUCUGGGAAGUCUCACCACAUUCAGCAAAACAUGCUUGAGAAGGGUGCAGUUCUACCUCAGGAAAUGAAGCUGGGAACUGGCAAUCAGUUCUACAAGCCAGGAUUCAAUGACAGCAGCUUUAAAGGUCAACAGAGAAAGCAGGAGCCAUAUAAAAAAUUUAAAGAAGAUUCCAAAGUUACAAGAGGUGAAAGUCAGCCACAUAGUAAAAUAUCAAACAAACAGAAUUUUGCAGGUGUGAAUAAGUACAAUGUCAAACUUUUGAAGAGGAAUGAAAGUCCCAACAUGCCUGUAAUUCAGAAAGCUGCAGUUGAUGGUCCCUGUACAGGUGGAAAGAAGGACAAUGAACUUGAAAGCCUUCUAGCUUCUUUGAAAAUUUCCAAAGAAAAUGAAGUGCAGACUUAUUCCAAGGAAGCAAGAGCUACGAAUGAAGAACAUCUGUCACCACAAUCAUUUGCUAUGAAAGGAACACAGAUGCUCAAAGAGAUUUUGAAGAUAGAUGGCUCUGACCAGGAAACAAAGAAUGAAGUGAAAGCCCAAGUUAAUGAUGUUCCUGCUCCCCCUAGCAGACAAGAUUGCCAUGGAGCUGCCUUGCAAUAUAGACAAAGUAAAAAAAUGGCUGCCUAUAUGAACAAGCCUCAUAGCACUGGAGGCCCUCAGAACACACCAGCACUGGAAACUGGAGGUCAUCCUUUUGCUUGCCCGCAGCCCGCACUGUCUACUGUUGCUGAACUUUGCCGUAUGUGUUCUCUUGUUGGAAUGUCGCAACCAGAUUUCUCUUUCCUAAAAACACCACAGACAAUGACAGUUUGUCACAUAAAAUUAUCGAAUGGUUUGUUGGUUCAUGGACCACAGUGUCAUUCUGAAGCUGAAGCAAAGGAGAAAGCUGCGUUUUUUGCUUUACAGCGUUUGAGCGCUAUAGGAGUAAACUUCCCUUCGCCUCCAGCUCCACCAGUGUUUCCAAGUUAUCAGCCACUGGGAGUUCCUGUGCCACCUGGAUCUAUUCCUCCAGUAUUUGCACAACCCACUGCUAAUAUAAUGCCUUCAUCGUCUCACAUGUUUGGUCCAGUGUCCUGGGGAACUCCAGUGCCUAAACAUUAUUAUCCUGGCUCCUACCCGGGAAAUGUAUCUCUUGCAGGAACUAUACCUGUUGGUUCUCACAACCAGUUUAUACCUCUGCAGGUAACUAAAAAAAGGGCUGCCAGCAAGAAAAACUUUGAGCACAAGGAGUUUCAGAGUUUCCCUCAAGGUGCACCACUAAAGAAUGAACAGGCAGUGUCUUCUGACCACACUCAGCAAGACAGUUCUUCAGCUCCUUUAAAAUCUCCUCAAGCUGCUCAAUCAACUGUUUCAUUUCAAGACAAUGUGGCUGCUCCAAGAGUUCCUCAUAACAAAUCAACACCAAACACUUCCAGCAAGCGAAAGUCAAGAAAGCUGGCUGUCAAUUUUGGGGCACCAAAAUCUUCCGAAUAAAUAUGGUAGCUAGGAGUAUACUGUUUUCAGCUCUUCCCCCACUGUUACGUUCUGUCAUUUAAAAAAAUCAGAAAGCUCUAUUAAAAAGACCAGCCACUUUAAGUAUAAUAUAGAGAAAAAUGCAUUUUUUUGCUAUGAUUUUCAGGUUGUUACGAAAACUAUAAAAAAAUUAUAUUGAACCUUGAUUGCUUUGACUUAGAAUAGCAAAAGCUAGGAAAUGCUGAGUUAAGGUUACCAUGUCAUCAAUUGUGCCUAGGUUUCUAAACAGUGGCUUACAGACUAUACCAGGUAAGCAGCAAUAACAGUGGCAACCUCAAUUCAGAAUUGCCGUGCUUUUUGGGAGGGAUAUGGAACGGUAAUAAGUUGGGCAUCUAACAUUGCUUUAGUAUGACACUUAUCUUCUAGCUUAUUUUUAAAUAGUGUAAUAGGACAGAAAGGAAAAAUGAUUUAAAUGCAGCUUUUAUAUUGGCUCUCCAGGUCCUUCUGAGUUGAAUCAGGGAGACUAAAACCUAACUACAGUAGAGCUGCCAAAUUUGCUUUAACUGUGAACUAUAGGUUUUAUAUCAGGGCAAAAACUUUCAACUUUCCAAAUGUAGGUAUUACUGUCUCUCUAGUAUUAGAGUGGCAAAAAGUGGUUGCUGAUGCAGAACCUGUUUCAGGAGAUGAAUUUAUAGGAUGAAUUAAAAAAAAAUACGGAUCUGUAAAAUAGAGACCGCUUUGGUAACGUACAUUUAAUUAUUUUUUUUUAAUUACCAGUAUUAUCAAUGUCAUUGUUUUCUGAUGAUAAAAUAGCACAGAUAUUUACUACAGAUCUACAGAGCCUCCUAAAAUGUUAGUGAUACCCUGAUUGGUAUUUUUUUUCUAAAGCAGAAAAAUGGCCAGAGUUUAAUGAUGUCCAUGUGUGUGUACAUAGCUGUCAAAGUUAUGAUUACUUAGUGUCCAUUUCUCUCUGUAAGAGCCUGCACCCUGAAAACUUCUCUGUGGUGGGUUAUUUUUUUGUUACUAGUGACUUUUAAUAUUUAUUUUUCAGUUUCGUGAUAGAAGUUCUCUGUAGCAAAAUUAAAUUAUCAUUAUUAUGUUCCAUAAGAAUAUUCAGGCAAAAGGUUGACCUGUGUGUUUGGAGGGAGUUCUGCUGUAAAAGUAGCUCCAUCAUUCUUGGUUUACAUAGGAAAAAUGAAGGCUCGAAGGUGCCUGUACCAUUUUUAACCCACAGGUACCCUUCUUCCUGACAUUAAGAAGAAAUCUUCCAUCUAAUUAGUGAUUCAUUUUGUUUCCUCCAGGCAGGUUUCAUGUUGGAGCUACAAGCCUGCAGAUUUUCUUUCAGUUCUCCUACCUUGUGCUUUGCCUCCAUUUCUUGGUGUAGUACCAAGUUUCACACUGUUAUUGUGGUAUAGGAUUUUUUUAAUAUUGAUUUCUCUGAAACAGUUGUUGCCUCAGCAGUGUUUGUAGAAUAGCAGCAAGCUGCAGGAUCACAGAGGUAAAAACAAGGUUAAGAAAUUUUAUUUCAUUUUACUUGGUAUCACAAACCUUGUAGAAUAGUCUGUAUGCAGUCUUAAAAUAUAUUUUGUUCUCUCUAUAUCCAUCUAGUCUCAAGAGGGUUUGAAAGCAUAUUCUGUGAAGAGAAAGCGAUUUAUUUUCAUUAGCAACACGAGACUGCCAUGAUGCAUACAUGCCAAUAUUUUGGAAUUGUUUAUGAGAAGUUAUGAGACACAGACAUUGUUCCCCCAUAUCUUAAGUGAGCUAUCUGACCAUCAGAGAAAAGAUCUGUUUAGAAGUUUUUAUGAUGGAGAGGACACUAUGUUAAGUUCUAGCAUUGCAGAACUGUGACAUAUCUGGGUAGUCAAUUUAUGCACAACUUUUAGAAACAAAGUUAUGAAGGACACUGUACUCAUCACUGGUAAACACAGCAACUUUUAUUACUAAUUACGUCUGACUAAGACUUCCUCUUCAAGUAGAAUUGCUAUGUUUACUAUAUAUAGCUGAUUAAACACUUUAUUGUGUAGCUGCUGCAUCUUGGAUUAGUCCCUGGUUUUUAUUUUAUAUAUUCUAUGAUGCUGAUUGCCUGGUGCCCAGUUAAUUACAGUUUUACAUGUCCUGCUAGAUGUGACAUCUGCAUUGAUCUAUGCCAUGUCCCCUAUGAUUUCAGUUUUAUAUUUUAACAAGGUGACUAUGUUUAAUUCAUACAGAUAUAAAUUUAAGCAUUUGUUUUUCUCAUAGAUAUAAAGUAUUUUGUAAGCACUGGAGUUUUUCAUUAGAUCUUAUACAGAGCAGUAUUUUACUAAAAAUCCAAAAGGGAAGACUUUUAUGUGCACGUUUUUGUAGUUUCUGAUUUUUUUAAAAUAACUUUUCAUUGUUUAUCUGCCAAGUGAAAUGUUUUAAAUUUGCAUAUGAAUGGAUACAGAAUGUAUUUUUUGUGCUGUUUAGUGUUAAGUGUGCGUUUGCAGAUUUUUAGCAUGUAGCUGCACAAAGGACUGUGCAAAGAUAUUUUCAAAUAUGAAUAUAUGAUAUACUGAAGGAAAAACAUUCAUGAAAGUUAAAUGCUAUAUAAAACUUUAAUGCAAUAGUAUAAUUUUAUAAAUUGUGUCUGUGUCUGCUUGGAUUAAAUAUUGAAACAAGAAGCAUCA